CUCGGAGAAGGUGAAAAGUGAAAACCUAUGUGUUUGUUUAUGUGAGAGUCUGAACCUGAGAGUUGGAGGGUAAGUGCUUCUUCAAUGGCUUCCUCCAUCAAUUCGAAAUCAGAAAAGAAUAAAACCAAAAACCGAGAAACCUCUUCAAUUGGUAGUAAAACGAAAAAGAAUAGAGACUCAGAGAAGGAGAACGAAAAGAAGAAGAAGAAUAAGAAACUCAAGCUCAGCAAUGGAAAUUCGAAACGACCAGAGCAGCAAGAAGCUGAAGAAGACAAGACCGUUGUUUCCAAUGGAAGAACUAGUGGUACGAAGCCUAAGAAAUCAAAAGGAAAGCAACGCGAGCACGAAGAGGAAGAGGUAGGCGAAGUCGAAGGCGGAGAAGAAGACGCGAAAACGAACGUGUUUCCGAUGAAUCGUAUAAGGACGAUGAUUAAGGGCGAAGAUCCUGAUUUGCGUGUUUCUCAGGAAGCUAUAUUGGCCAUCAACAAAGCUGCGGAGAAGUUCCUUGAACAAUUCACUCAGGACGCUUAUGCUUGUUCUGUUCAGGACCGUAAGAAAUCUCUCAAUUACAAGCACCUAUCAUAUGUUGUUAGUAAGCAGAGGAGAUAUGACUUUCUUUCAGAUUUUGUUCCUGAGAAAAUGAAAGCUGAGGAUGCAUUAAGAGAGAGAAAUUCAGGAGGGAAUGGAGGAGAUUAGAAAAUAAAGCAAUGCUAGUGGAGAAUCUAAGUUUAUACAUUUUUAAUCUUGUCAAAUUUUGUUAUGGAAACUUGUAUCAUGGUGAGUAAUGUACUGCUUGUUCCUGAGACUGUGAAAGCUGAGGAUGCAUUAAGAGAGAGAAAUUCAGGAGAGAAUGGAUGAGGUUAGAAAAUUUAAAGCAAUGCUAGUGGAGAAUCUAAGCUUAUACAUAUUUAAUUUUGUUAUGGAAACAUGUAUCAUGGUGAGUGAUGCACUGCUUUACAUUUCCAUAGUGUAUUUAUUUUCUCCCUUCUCUUUAAAAGUCCCAU